AGAGAGACUGUUCAGAGAGAAAGAGAGGAGAGAGGACCCAGUAACCCUGCCCACUUCCACAAAGCCAUUCAGCUCUGGUGCACGGAGCGCUCAGAGUCUGUGGCACAUCAGCAGGACCCCACUGCAGCUCAGUAGCUCUCUCCCAACUCCCACAAGGACAGGACAAUCUAUCACAAAAUCAUUCCACUACGUCUGCAAGAAAAGAAGACCGGCUUAGUGAGACAAAACACCUGCUGUACACAUCAAGAAAGGUAUUUUUUGGAGGGUAACUGAAGCAAAUACUAAAUGAGACCUUAAAUGUUCUGUAUUUGUUACAAGAUCAAGAUUGGUAUUGCUGAACUCUUCUGCAAGACCUUUUACGGAAGUAUUUAACUUUUUUUAAACUUUUGAGAAUCAAAACGAUCUGUCCUUGAUUUUUGCCCUCCUGGGCAAGAACAGUUUUCUAGUGGCAACACCUCAACACCUUGUGAUUCAGCGAGGUAAGGAGAGGAGAACUUCUGUGCACUUGUCCUCUUUUGUCAACACCGUUUGUGGGUAAGAGUUGGUAAGAGAGUACGUGUGUCCUAAAUCUACAACCCAUGAUGCCCUCGUUAGCUCUUGUGACUGGGAUAUUGGUACUGCUCAUGGCAGCGUGGACAGGUUGGGCUUCACCGACUCCGGCAGGGUCAGUGGGUGCGGACGAGUCCAUGCAGGGGCCAGCAGAGGAGAUCCAGGCAUCCUCCUGCCCAGCCUGUGCUCUAGCUCAAAUGAAAAGGGAGUCCCCGGAUUUGGUACCCAGCACUGGCACUGACUUGGGUUCAAUGACGACAGGACAGACUGACAUGGUGGAGGCGGUGAAGAGGCACAUCUUGAACAUGCUCCACUUAAGUACACGGCCCAAUAUCACGCACCCCGUCCCCCGGGCUGCCCUCCUUAAUGCCAUCAAGAAGCUCCAUGUGGGCCGGGUGGGUGAAGACGGAAGCGUGCAGAUCCAGGACGAGGUGGAUAGAUCGGACGAGGGACUACCGCCUGAGCCACCUUCUGAAAUCAUCACCUUUGCAGAACCAGGGGACUCUCCAACCAGUGCGACCUUUGAUAUAUCGAAGGAAGGGGGCAGCCUGUCUGUGGUGGAGCAAGCCAAUGUCUGGAUCUUCCUCAAGCUGCCCAAGGGCAACCGUGGCAAGGGCAAGGUAACCAUCCAGCUCCUACAACGACACCAUCUAAAGGGCCCUACGUUGGGUACUACCAACUUGGCCCAAGAGGAGGAGUCUAUAUCUGAGAAGACAGUUGACACCCGCCGCAGUGGUUGGCAUACAUUACCUGUAGCUCGCAGUGUGCAAAGCCUCCUAGACAGUGGUGGCAGUGUCCUCAGCCUGCAUGUGUCUUGCCCUCUGUGCGCCGAGGCCAACGCCUUGCCAAUAUUGGCCCCAAUGAUAGGCGAGCAAGGUACGGAGAAGGAUCAAUCACACCGACCCUUCCUCAUGGUGGUGCUCCGGCCAAGCGAGGAUCAACCCCACCUGCGCAACAAAAGGGCUCUUGAGUGCGACAGCAAGAUCCGCAUCUGCUGCAAGCGGCAAUUUUACGUGAACUUCAAGGACAUCGGUUGGAAUGACUGGAUCAUUGCUCCGUCAGGUUACCAUGCCAACUACUGCGAGGGCGACUGCCCAAGUCACGUGUCAAGCUUCACAGGGUCCUCACUCUCCUUCCACUCCACAGUGAUCAACCACUAUCGCAUGCGGGGCUACACCCCCUUUCAGAACAUCAAGUCCUGUUGUGUUCCUACGCGGCUACGUGCUAUGUCCAUGCUCUACUACAACGAAGAGCAGAAGAUUAUCAAAAAGGACAUCCAGAACAUGAUUGUGGAGGAGUGUGGAUGCUCAUAAAAGACAUGGAGGCUUGACAAGAGACUUGUGUAAACUAGUGACUUGGAUGAGAAAAUGGACAAUCGUUGCCAUUUUUCCUUUCAAAAUGCUAAUGCUUGUCUGUCUUCAUAAAUGGGAUCUAAGUUGUCUGAUAUAAAGGUCUCUGUUUAUAAUAUAUUUUUGUUAAAGAGAGUAGAACAAUGGCAUUUUUCUGUAAAAUUGAAUUUUUGAUUUGCUGCACUGCAAAGAAAACGGAGUUUAUAAGGAACCUGAGAACACUAUGCAACUAAUCAGGUGUUAUGACUUGAGGUCACGCCCCGUCCGCACCCCUCUCCACCCCCACCCCCCCCACACACGCUGAAACACACCCCUCCGAAAACCUUUUUGAUACAUUCAGUUUUUUUAACCUGUUUCUCUUUGUUUUUUUGUUGAGCAAUACUUGAAAAAUGUUUGACUAGCUACUGGAGCCAAACUCAUAUCUUUCUGAUAAGAUAUAUAAUUAUUGUCAAUAUUAAUAUUAUUAUCUCUUUACUAUCUUGUUUUGUACAUAAAAUAUAAUGAAUGUUACAUUUGCACUAUACCAACAUUCUUGCUAGCUGUGUCAUAGCUGGCACUGAGAAAAGAGGGGCUGCGUAAACCGCUGCUAAGUACAUAAAGAAAAAACUUUAUAUUGUACAGUAUGAACACAAGUACACUGACUAAUACAGCUGCAGACUUACUCUCAAUUAAAGUAAUACCAAAGAUAGGUGACCACUAGACUUCAAUGUACAAUUUGUAAUCAUUUGUAAUAUUAAGGUUCCUAACAUCUAGCAAUGAAUGACAAUGAUUUCAGAACACCGA